AUUAGCCAUGGCAAAAAGUAUUGUUUCAACUUUUAAGUUUAGGGCAUGUCAAAGCGGAAAUGGACAUGAAUUAUACUACUGUCCAGGUACAUCAAAGGGUUUUCUCACUAACCGUUUUAGAGAAAUUUAUCGUUGUUACCCAGCAGAUGUAAAAAAAUACCGUUCUCGCAGUAAAAAGAGUGAUGGGUUUAUUGCUGUUGGAGAUGACCCAGCGGAAAUAAGCAACAAAGAAUAUGAUUUAAUAAAGACAAAAUUGUUGUAUCUUAUUUAUACAGACCGAAAUGAAAAUGAGAUUGUAGAACUGAUGAACAAAUCACGUUUAUGCAGGCAAUUGUGGAUCCGAAAUGAUUUUCCGACAGCUAAUAGGAUACUUAAGGAAUUUCCAAGAUUUAUGGACACUCCAUUGUUGUUAAAUGAUGAAUUCCAAUCCAUUAAUCGAAGUUAUGUAGAAAAUAUUCCAGUUUUAUUGGAAACAAAAAUUUCGAAACAAAUAAUUGCAUACUGCAGGCUGCCUGGCAAAUGCAUUGACAUUAUAGGUGACAUAGAUACUGAAGGAAACAGCAAUACAGAUGCAUUAGUACUAAAAUCUUUAAAAGCCCUUGUUUAUCUUUUGCCAACUAUGGGAAAAUAUCGUGUUUCAGCAGGUGCAGCAAUGCUUUUCCUAAUUGAAGAACUAAAGGACGGCGAGACACUCGAGAUGUUCCUUAAUCGCUCAAAUCCAAAACAGCAACCGUUCAUUUUGUCGUGUGGAUCGUCUUUUUUUGUUGUAUGCAAUGGAAAAGCAAUUAUAGUUAAACCUUCGAAAGUUUCUGUUGCCUUUGACUGUCUUUUCAAGUCAGUUUUUUUUGUAUUUAAUCUUGAAUAUCCAAAGCAACUACAAAUUUUAUACAAUUUCUUUCAAAAAUUAGUUUAUAAACUGCCUGGUUCUGUUGCGUCCACUAAAGCACGUAAAUUAUUCGAAGAGAUAUCUGAUAUGUAGUAUAUUCAGAAACAAUAAAGCCUCAAACUGAUGCUGACAAAUUUUAGACAGUAAUUUAGGACAUUUUAGUAAUUUUAGCCUUUAUCUUCUUCUUUGAAAUUUU